AAUCGGCUGCAUUUUCGCCCCUGCGAGCUGGUGUUUGAUGUCGCCGCUAGUCCCCGCGCGCCAAUAAUAUCACAAAUAUACCGCGUUAGUGGCGUCAUCCACGCCGGGACGUCGGGAGCAGGCGGGACGCGCCUCGGCCUUGGACGAGAGGUCUGCGGGAAGCGAUGAAUUUUGAGGUGGAGAGAGAGAUGGGAUUCAUCAACAGCCAGCCGUCCCUUGCCGAGUGUCUGACGUCGUUCCCCGCAGUCCUGGACGCCUUUCACACUUCAUCAAUCAAGGAGUCGACAGUAAUUCCGCCUCCCUUCGAACACAUCAUCCCCAGUCUCAGUCCGUGCGCCGCCGGCGGCCAGGCCACACCGCCGGCGUGCGGGAACCAGCGGCACCGCCGCAGGGUCCACGGUCCGCCGGCGGGGCCCCUGGCGCACGAGUUCCCGUGGAUGAAGGAGAAGAAGUCGGCCAAGAAAUGUCCGAAAGCCGCUGCUGGAGCCGCCGUCCCGCCCGCCUCGUCCUCGCCGUCGCACGCCGCCUCCGGGUACGCUUCGGCGGGCGCCGAGUCCCCCUCAGAUCCCAACCAGGCCGGCUCGGAGGCGGGGGGUUCGGCCUCCCGCCGGCUGCGCACCGCCUACACCAACACGCAGCUGCUGGAGCUGGAGAAAGAGUUCCACUUCAACAAAUAUCUGUGCCGGCCUAGGAGGGUGGAGAUCGCCGCCCUGCUGGACCUGAGCGAGCGGCAGGUGAAGGUGUGGUUCCAGAACCGGCGGAUGAAGCACAAGCGGCAGACGGUGCACCAGUCGUCCGGCAGCCUGGAACCGCUGGAAGGCGCCGACGCCUCGUCUCCGUACCAGCCAGCAGGGGAGGACUCGGACGGCGAGGCGGGGAGCGGCCAUCCAUCUUCCGCCCACGCUCGUGACAGCGGGGACAAUGCGCGUCCCACGCGGGAGGGCGGGGGCUUACCGGCGCCCGUCGGCGAGGACUCCGACACGCUCGCCGCCGCCCAGAAGCGCGGCGGGGACGGGAGCUGCGAGUCGUCACGUGGGCCGUCCACGACCUCCAAGGUGUGCGAGCUGGGCUUCUUCUCCGACGAAGACGCGAUUUUGUCUCUGCAAAGUUCCCUGAACAGUCCGGUGAACUUCUCGGAGGAGGACUUGGACUUGUUCACCAGCACUUUGUGCACCAUCGACCUGCAGCACCUCAACUUCUGAUCCCGCGUGACGUCACGGGAUUUUUUUGGCCCUUUUCUCAUUCCAGGUAUUUAUUAUUAUCUUUUUUUUUUUUUUUUACGACGAACAAUUAUUAGAUCGUUUUUUUAUAUUAUUUUUGUUGUGCAAUCGUGUAUUUAUUUAUGAUGUUUUGCUCCAAAAGCUCUCAGGAACUGCGUGGACUCGUUAGAGGAUCUAAACUGAGGAACAACACAAAUAAAAAUAAAAAAAGACCUACUGAUGAUUUCAAUUAGUUUAUUUAUUGCGAUUCUUGAAUAGUGAAAUCCAAAUUAUUUAUUGUACACAUAUUUUCAUAGUGGAAUACUGAUAUGAUAAUAAAA